AUGUUUGAAGAAAAGAAAGAACUCGAAGAACAUGUUGAAGGCAUCAACAAUGCACCUGCUCUUGGGAACCAAAAACGGUCUGCCAAUCAUCAGCUUGAUGAUGCCGCAGCUUAUCUCGCUCAAGCGGGUCCAGUGGAAUAUACCGACGAAGAGAAGAAGCGUGUAAUUCGAAAGAUUGAUCUCUUCGUUUGUGUUCCCAUGUGCAUGACCUAUUUCCUUCAACAGCUCGAUAAAUCAUCUCUCAGUUAUGCUGCUAUCUUCGAUAUUCAAACACAGACCGGGUUGCAUGGUAGUCAGUACAGUUGGUUGAGCUCCGUUGUUUACAUUGCCCAGCUAUGCCUUCAGCCAGCCUCAUCAUAUGCUUUGAUCGCUUUUCCCAUCAAGUACUGGGUUACGUUCAACAUGCUUGCUUGGUCUAUCGUAACUGUUUGUACUGGAGCAGCCCACAAUUUCACCGGGCUAGUCAUUUGUCGUCUUCUUCUCGGUAUCUUCGAGGCUACCAUUCUCCCAUCUUUCAUCUUCCUCACCCAGAUGUGGUACACCAGAAGGGAGCAAUCCUUCCGAACGAUAGCAUAUCAGAUUGCCAAUUCCUUUGCCGCCAUUCUUGGCCCCAUCAUGUCUUUCGGUAUUGGUCGUGCCACUGAAAACUCUAAAACUGUGAAAGAAUACCAAGGAAUUUUCUUCUUCAUUGGUUCAGUCUCAGUUGCAUUUGUGCCAAUCAUCUUUUUCAUGUUGCCGAAUUCGCCUACUACAGCCAGAUUUCUCAGGAAAGGCAACGAUCGAGUCAUUGCGAUUGACCGGUUGAAAGAAAACCAAAUGGGUACGAAAUCAUCUAAAUGGAAGUGGAAUCAAGUUUGGGAGACCUACAAAGACCCCAAGACAUACCUCUGGGCCGCGAUGUAUUUCUGUACUUCCACCCCUUCUGGUGGUUUCGGCGCUUUCGGUGGACUUGUAGUCAAAGGACUUGGAUUCACUUCCUUCAAAGCAAUUCUCAUGCAAGCCCCAACCGGUGCCAUCGCGAUACUCACAUUGCUUAUCACUAUUUUCCUCACCAACCGAUUCCAAGCUCGAUGGAUGAUCGUAGCUGCAUGUGUGGUUCCACCUAUCGCUGGGGCGGUUGGUUUAUGCAGAGUCCAACGUUCCGACCCGUACAUCCUUUUGGCAUGCUAUUAUGUUGCUCAAUCUCUCGCCGGUAUUCAACCUCUUCUGUACUCUUGGGCAAACUUGAAUCAAGCGGGUUCCACCAAGCGAGUUGUAGUCUUCGCUACAAUGUUCGUCGCCCAAUGUACCGGUAAUAUUGUUGGUCCUCAAGUUUAUCUUGCCAAGGAGGCUCCGUACUAG